AUGUCAGGAAAAGGACCAGCUCAAAAAUCGCAAGCUGCAAAGAAAACUGCAGGAAAAACCUUAGGACCAAGGCAUAAGAGAAAAAGAAGAACAGAGUCAUUUUCACUUUACAUUUUUAAAGUUUUAAAACAAGUGCAUCCAGAAACUGGUGUGACAAAAAAAAGCAUGAAUAUUAUGAAUUCUUUCAUUAAUGAUAUAUUUGACAGAUUAGUUACCGAAGCAACUAGACUAAUUCGUUAUAAUAAAAAGAGAACCUUGUCAUCACGUGAAAUUCAAACUGCCGUUAGGUUACUUUUACCUGGAGAAUUGUCAAAACACGCCGUCUCUGAAGGAACCAAAGCCGUAACAAAGUACACCACCAGU